UUAUUUUCUCGCCAUAACUGGGUGUGAAGGUAUACAAUGAACAACUAAUCUCGUCUGAUAUAUUCCUUAAUUCUGGUUUCCUUAUUAAAAUAACAAUAAUUAUUAUACCCUAAGAAAGACAAGCUUUCUUACUGUUUGGCUAUGGCUGAGAAUAUGAUAAGACUUCAAGAGGAGCUCAACAAUAUACCAUUAGCAGACGAAGAUGCUCAAGAUGACAGUGAUGUUGAAACUGAAGGUACUGAAGAUCAACAUGAUCUUGGACACCAAAGCUAUGAAUCCAUUCCAUCUGCCUUUACGAACGGUUCAAACAGUCCUGCUCCACCUUUACUGGAUCCUGAUUUAAGUUCUGAUGAAAUGGAAGAAAAAACAAGACUUAUUUCUCAGGUUUUGGAAUUGCAAAAUACUCUGGAAGAUCUUUCACAAAGAGUAGACAGUGUGAAGGAAGAAAAUUUGAAGUUAAAAUCAGAAAAUCAAGUUUUGGGGCAGUAUAUAGAAAACCUUAUGUCAGCUUCAAGUGUUUUCCAAUGCACUUCUCCUAAAUCUAAAAAGAAGGGUUCUUUCAAAGGAAAAAAGUGAACCUGCUAUUUUUCAGCUUUCUGUCCUUUGAUGAGAAUCACUAGUCUACCUUCAGCACAAGUCAGAUAUAUUUAAUGCUUCCUUGCUUUUGUAACAACUUCUUGAUAAAUCGUACAUACAGACAUUUGUUUAAAUUCCUCAAGAACAAUUAGCUAUUGAAUUAGAACAUGGACUUGAAAAAUAUGAACACUCCAUAUCAAGACAAAAAUAUUCAAUUUUAUUCUCCUUGUCAUUAAAGACUCAUUUUAAAUCAUUUUAGCUUCUUGUAUUCGAAACAGAAAAUUGACGGUUCUAAUAUCUUCUUAACUUUAUCAUUCCUAAUAUGUUCUUGUAAUUAAAUAUUUUUAUUUUUCAAGUCCAAAUAAUAUACAAAGCUUCAAGUAACUUAUUUAUUUUAUCAUAUGUGUAUUAUUUGUAAAUAAGUGCUUUUAUAAAUAUAUUAUGUUCUUGUCCUUUUUAUUGCAUUUUUGUUUUGUUAAUAAAACAUUCUGUUUA